AUGAGAGUGGGCAAAGGCUGUGAAAGGUGUCGCCAUCGCCAUAUCCGCUGCGUCAUUCCACCGGGUGCUUCUGCUUGUAUACCUUGCACCCGGUUGGAUCGGGUCUGUCAUCUAGACCCCCCCUUCCAAUUCAAGACAGUGCGCCAUGUGUAUCAGAAGAGCAAUGGAUCCGCCGCUCGGUUCGAUUUGGUCUGGGAUGACGAGCAGGUCUGGGUCGACGUGGAGCAACCCGUGACAUUUGUCGACGGAACGUGCGAUGGACCCAAAUCAGAAGAAACUCAGCAGCUGCAUGCUACCAUUCCGAGUGGUGACAAUUGCGUCGCCAAUCCCUCGCUAGAAGAACCUACAUCGAUUAAUACCGAGGUCCCUAUACCAGAAGAACCGCCCAUACACCCAGACCAUCGACAAGACCAACUACCGCUCGAAGAUUUCCCACCUUAUCAUACCAGCAGCCCAGUGCGACCUCCAUCUGACAAAUGUCCCACAUUGUCACUGCGUGAGGCAUCUCUAAUGAGACGCUUUAUACAAAAUAUCGCACCAUGGGUGGACAUCUGCGAUCCUUGGUCACACUUCACCACAAUCAUUCCGCGCCGGGCUUUGCAGGUCCCAAUGGUAUUCAAGGCAGUUUUGGCUCUUGCGGCGCGUCAUGAGGCGAUCUUGACCGGCCAGAGUGACUGGGAGGCCUCCACCUACCAUGGCGAGUGCCUAGAACUACUAAUCCCGGCCCUAGAUCAACUCGAGCAGGACCUCGAGGAGGAUCUUCUCACCACCGUUGUGAUCCUUCGAAUUUGUGAAGAGCUUGAGAAUAGCGAAGACCAGAGAUUCCAUCUAACGGGAUCUAACCGCCUCGUCAAUCUCAGUUCACGCUCGGGGUCAUCGCGCGGCAUUGUGGAGGCUGUGAGCUGGCAGUUCCUGCGUCAGGCUAUCUACUCGUCCAUUGUACAGUACCAACAUCUCGAACUGGAUCUGUACAACUAUGAGCGAUCAUCGAUGUUUCAACGAGACGAUGAUUUCGCCUUUGCCAACAUGUCCAUCUUCCACUGCGCGCACAUCAUCCAACUAUGCCGUGUUCCACCCGAUAAUCCCGUUGACGAGCAAUCGUGGGGCCAGGUAGCGAAUGCAGUCGAUGAGUGGUAUCAACACCGGCCUCUUACCUGGCAACCGCUUCGGUAUCAAGACCCUGAUGUGACUGAGGACCGACCAUUCCCUGAAAUAUGGAUGACAUCGGCCCCGGCUGUUGUGGGAAUGCAAUAUUAUCACGCAGCUUGUAUCUUCCUCACCAUGUCGGAUCCCGGGUCGCGAGGCUUGCGGGAGUUCGAAUUGGCUCGAACCCGGCACUUGGCUGAAUUGGAUAUUGUCUACAACAUCCGGUAG